GUGCAUGAGGCAGAGUGUAGAAAAGACAGCUAGCUAGAAUUAGAAUUUAAAGGAAAUGGGGAGCUCUUAUGAGUUUUCAAGAAAUGGUAACAAAGAUGUUUCACUUCAAGAACUGAGAGACAGGCUUGCUGAGUUUGCUCAAGUUAGAGGUUGGGAUCAAUACCACAGUCCUAGAAAUCUCCUUCUAGCACUAGUUGGAGAGGUUGGAGAGCUGUCUGAGAUCUUCCAGUGGAAAGGUGAAGUUGCAAGAGGGCUACCAGACUGGAGCUCUGAUGACAAAGAGCAUUUAGAAGAAGAGAUCUCUGAUGUGCUACUCUAUCUGAUCCAGCUCGCCGAUGUUUGCGGCCUUGAUCUUGGACAAGCUGCACUCAGUAAGAUUGUCAAGAAUGCUAGGAAGUACCCAGUUACCAACCAAACACCAGCUGCAGCUUCAACCAACUAGCUAGAUUUGAAGAAACACCUUUCUCUAUAUUUAUAUAUUGAUUAAUUACCUUUUAAUUUCUAUGUGUUCUUUGAGUUCCCCAGUAGUAUCUUUGUUUAGAAGAUACAUGUAAUAUGCUUCUUGUUUGAGAAAUGAGAAUAAGCUAGAGCUAGUGUGUAUUAUUGUGUU